UUACAACCCAACCCCUCGCCUCUUUCUCCUUGGUCCUGUUGUACUCUGUGCUUUUUUGAGGUGGGUAGGUCUACCGAGAGGGGUUAGUCUGUAACAAUGGCCAUGGCUAAGUUUGUUGCUGUUUUGAUCUUGGCCCUCAUUACGAUCUCCUUUCUUCAAACAAUGGCCAUGGCAUCUCAUGGGCAUGGUGGUCAUCACUAUAACAACGGAGGCAAGUAUGGGUCAGGCAGUCUCAAGAGCUACCAAUGCCCGUCGCAAUGCUCGAGGAGGUGCGGAAGGACCCAAUACCACAAGCCCUGCAUGUUCUUCUGUCAGAAGUGCUGCGCAAAGUGUCUUUGCGUGCCCCCGGGUUAUUAUGGGAAUAAAGCAGUGUGCCCUUGCUACAACAACUGGAAGACCAAGGAAGGAGGUCCCAAGUGCCCUUGAACCGAGACCGACCGACCUUGGCUCAACUUCCCUCUUUUGUGAUUUGUCCCUUUUCAAUAUAUCCUGUUCCCGGCAUUACUGCUAACUAUUACUUAUUAUCUGCAUUUC